AAUCGCAUUCGCGUUUCAGGUUACAACAACUUGCUGAAUUCAAGAUUCCAAACGUUGGGCAGCUGUCAUAACAAGCGGAUGCCGACGAGGAUUUGGUGUGAUCAAAAAUUUUCGUCCAAAAAUAUAUAAUCACCUUAUACACGGAUUUCAUUUGUAUUGCUGGUUACACGUACUGAAAAGUGAAGUAAAACUACUACCUCAGUUACCGUAAUUUAGAAAGAAAUAAUCAUACUAUAGCAAAGCUGAAAUAUGGUUAAGCUUGUGAAAAAAUGUCUUCUUAUUCUACUUAUUGUUGGAACCUUUGGACUUUGCACGAUACAUUACAAAUUGCAUGAUGUUCACCUUAUCCAUUACAAACUGGGUGAAACGCAGCCAGGAACAGUGGACAAUAUAGGCGAAGCAGCUACUCUGCAGACACUAACCAAGAUGCAAGAUGCCAGAUACAAGAAAACUUCAUUGUCAUAUGAUUCAUACAACGAAAAAGAUGAAAAUGAUGAUGGAAGUGAAAAGUCCACCCAUGAGUUUAUGAAGAAAUAUUCAAAUAUAAUCAAAAGACGAGUAAACUAUACCCAAGAAAUGUGUCGCAAACAUCAAAGCGUCAUUCCAAGGAUGAAAAGACGGCCAAAUCUACUUGUGAAUGAGGAACACAAGCUUGUUUACUGCCAAACACCUAAAGUUGCAACAGUUAGCUGGUGCAAAAUUUUCUUGACUUUUUCUGGAUUUAAAAACUAUUCGGAGGUUGUAAAGAUGAGCGUUGAUGAGGUGUCUGCGGCGUGGAAAAAGCACGUUCCGCACCUUUCUCAUUUUCCUGCCGAAAAACAGAAGGAAAUAAUGUCGACCUACACCAAGAUAAUGUUUGUAAGGAACCCAUUAACACGAUUGCUGUCAGCCUACAAUGAUUUAUUAGUUGCAAAGAAUACUUCAACUGGCAAGCAAUUAAGGUUCCAGCACAGGACAAGCAAAGUCGUUUUAACUAAUUUCAGACCAGGAAAUACCUCCAAAAGUUAUGAUCCAACAUUUAGGGAUUUCGUUAAAAUGAUAGUUUCCAAAACACACUACAUAAGGAACAUCCAUUGGAAUAAUAUGCAUUCAGUAUGUCAUCCGUGUGACAUUGAUUAUGACGUCAUCGGUCGAUUGGAGGAUAUUGAGAAUGAUUCAAACUACAUACUUAAACAUGUCGGAGCUGGUUUUAAAUUUCCUAAACAGACUGGGACUCAUUUUACAAACAGCUCAAGCUAUGACAAGACACCACUCAAGAUACAAGAUAAAAGAUUCAAGAUAACUUAUAAUUCAAGCAGCGAAAAAGAUGAAAAUGAUAAUGAAAAUAAAAAGACCAUUGAUGAGUUUAUGAAGAAAUAUUCAAAUAUAAACAAACAGCGAGUUAACCAUACACAAGAAAUGUGUCGCAAACAUCGAACUGUUUUUUCAAAGAAAAGAGGACUCCCAAGGCUUCUUGUGAAUGAGAAACACAAGCUUGUUUACUGCCAAACACCUAAAGUUGCGACAGUUAGCUGGUGCAAAAUUUUCUUGACUUUUUCGGGAUUCAAGAACUAUUCGGAGGCGGUAAAAAUGAGCGUUGAUGAGGUGGUUAAGGCGUGGAAAAAGCACGUACCUCGACUUUCUCAUUUUUCAGUCGAAAAACAGAAAUUAAUAAUGUCAACUUAUACUAAGAUUAUGUUUGUAAGGAACCCGUUAACGCGAGUGCUGUCAGCCUACAAUGAUUUAUUAGUUGCAAAGAAUUCUUCAAGUAGCAGGCAACUAGGUUUCCAGCACAAGGCAAGCAAGGCAAUAUUGAAUUUUUUCAGACCAGGAAAUACCACCGGAAUGUAUAAUCUAACAUUUGGUGAAUUCGUUAAAAUGAUAAUUUCCAAAAAUCACUACAUGAAAAACGUCCAUUGGAAUAAUAUGCAUACAGCAUGUCAUCCGUGUCAUAUUCACUAUGACGUCAUCGGUCGAUUGGAGGAUAUUGAAAAUGAUUCAAACUAUGUACUUAGACAUAUCGGAGCUGGCUUAGAAUUUCCUAAACAAACUGGAAUUCAUUUUACAAACAGCUCAGGUUAUGACAAGAUUCGCAGAAGCUAUGCCACAAUUCCAGAUUCAGAUCUGGAGGGUUUAUAUCAAAAAUAUAAAUAUGACUAUAUACUGUUUGAUUAUGAGAAAGGUCUGCCUAAGCUUUAAGACCUAGUAUAUUAUAUUAUAUUAUAUUAUAUAUCGUAAUAUAUUAAUACAAUAUAGCAUAUUAUAUAUUUUUUUGUUUGAGCAACACGCUUUUACUCAAAUAUUGGUAACUUCCAUUGAUAUACAAUUACGUGAAAAAUAAAACAGUUACUUUUAAAAGGAAAAAAUAAUAAACCCCCUUAAAUUUUUGAAAACAUUAUUAUUUGUGGGUAUAACCAGCUCAUAAAUGAACUUUUUUUUUUAAAUAAAUGAACUCAAUUUUCACUUUUUGUAUAUACACAGCAUGUGUCUUUGUGUAGAUUAGAAAAGGGAUGUAUUUGGUCCCAGUUUAGUAGAGAAAUUAAAAUUGCAGCAAGAAAGAAAAUUUGUAAACUUUAUGAAAACCUUCAAGAUCAUUAAUCUAACAAAGUAUUGAAAAGUUCAAGGUAAAACAAGAUCUCGUAAUCUCGAAAGCUCCGAUGAGGGUGGUAUAAUAGAGGCAGUAGAGUAUACUAGAGCACUACCAUUAAAUAAUUACUUUUAUAUUAAAUAGCUAUAUUUGGAUACAUAUAUUUAUUUAAUUUCUUGUCACUGAUAUUAAUAUUUCAAGAAUAAGAAUUUUAGAAUGUUCUAGUUUGUAUUGGGUUGUUAUACUUGUGGAACUUGAAUAUAAUAUACCCUAUAGGAGACCUAUAGGGUAUGGACAACGGAGAGCGAUGCUACACGAUGUAUCUCAUGUCCUUUAUUCGAAACCUCUACAUUUCUUUGAUGAUGAUGAUGAUGAUGAUGAUCAUAUAAUUUAACAGUGUUGACGGCUAUCUUAAUUUUUUAUUACUGUAUGUGUUGCCAUUUAUUUAUAUAAUGCCGCUCGCCAUGUAUGUAAAAUCUUUGGUUUGAAUCUCAGUGAAGAGUUUUUUUUACAUUCAAGAUUCAAUAAUUUUCCAUAUAAAAUACAGAAAAUUGUGUUGCUUGGCAGAGGACAAAAAUAUAAAUGUAUACAUAGAGUGCCUAUGUUUAACAUGAACGUGCAUAAAGAGACAUACAAUUGACAAUGUAUAAUAAUAAAAAGGAAAACCUAAUAAAA